GUCUGAAGCCAAAAGAGCAGAACCUGGAAGGUAGCUGCCCAUGGCGUCCUCUUUUUCCACAUGAAACCCCUCUGCCCAAGCCUCGCGCACUCGCCCUGCCUCUCGGCAUCAGCCGCACUGUUCACGCAGCGCCAGCUUCGGUCGCUUGGUAUAAUAGUGGCCACCCGUUCGUUCGUUGUCACUGCUACGUUGCCGCUCUACGUCUCUCUCAAGAGCUUUGCUUUCUCCCUGCCUGCUGCACCAGUACGCUUUCAACUGUUCCUGCCGGAGCCUUGAUAUCCUGUCUGGGAGGACGCUAGAGAUGGAUCCGCCACCGGCGCCAUUCGCCUCCAGCCCGCCGCCCUCGCCGUCGUCGUCGUCGAACGCGAGCAUCACCAUGGUGAUCAUCACCGUCGUGGGCAUCUUCGCGGCGUUCGCGCUCCUCGCGAGCUACUACGCGUUCGUGACCAAGUGCGGCCUGCUGCGCGCGCUCUGGUCGCGCCACCCGCCGUGGCGCUGGCGCGCGCGGGGAGGCGGCGGCCGGGAGCCGUCCGUCAUCCGCGCCGCGGCGAGCGACGACCGCCGGGGCCUCGGCCUGCCGCUCAUCCGCAUGCUACCGGUCGUCAAGUUCACGGCGGCGGCCUGCGGAGACGCCGGAGGAUGCAGCAUGGCGCCGAGGAUAUCCGUGUCGGAGUGCGCCGUGUGCCUGAGCGAGUUCGUGGAGCGGGAGCGCGUCCGGCUGCUGCCCAACUGCUCCCACGCCUUCCACAUCGACUGCAUCGACACGUGGCUGCAGGGCAGCGCCCGCUGUCCCUUCUGCCGGAGCGACGUCACGCUGCCGGCCGCAGCGCGGUUUCCGGCGAGCUGCGUUCCGGCGGCGGCGACGACGGUCCCCAGCCGUCGGGACACCGAGCUCCCCUGCGACAGCAUUGUGAUCGAGGUGAGAGGGGAACACGAGAGAUGGUUCGGUCACCGCGGCGCAGGCACUCCGGCCGGCGGCAGAAGGCCGCGGCACCAGAAGCAGCUGCGCAAGUCGGAGAGCGUCGGCGACGAGGCCAUCGACACGAGGAAAACGGGCGAGGAGUUCGCGGUGCAGCCCUUGCGGCGGUCCCUGUCCCUCGACUCCUGCUGCGACGACAAGCACCUCUACGUGUCCGUCCAGGAGCUCCGCGCCGCCACUCAGAGGCAAGCGUUCGAUCCGCCCGUGCAUUCAUGAUGAUCCAUGCUGGACGCCACCAUAGCUGUGCAGAAUAGCCUGGCUGUUAGUAGAUGAUGGUUGCCAUCAAUUCUUUUUUCUUUUCUAAUUUAGAGGUUAUAUUAGCAGCAGUAACUAACUGCAAAAACAUUUUACGCGGCUUUUUGUGCCCGGCACGACAUGCAUCCUGCCUGCUGCCUGCUGCGCCCCAUGGUUCUCGCUGCAGCGAGUCUCUUUCUUCCUUGUUUUCUGGUUUCCAGGGACAGAUUGCAGGUCUCUUUCGGAUCGGCCAUGCUCACGCAGUUUUGGUUGGCCGUAGGUGAUCGAACCGAGCCCGCGAAGUUCAGCAUUUUCCUCGGGACCGUUGCCUUUGAGAA